UUUAUUCUCUGGCGGGAACCUCGUCCGGAAGAAUGAGAACCCCACGUUCGGAGUAAUAACACAUUCAAGAUGGCGGACAUUGAAGCUCACCAGCAAUGUUUAUCAAGUGUGUAAACAGUGGGAAAGAACGCGCAUAAUCUGAGUCAACUUUGGUCAGGAAGAAAAUGGCAGCUAACGAUGUUAGGCGGCGAGUGAAGCUGUACCUGUUAGAUGAGAAGAAAGUCUGGGAUGAUAAAGGCACCGGGCAUGUGUCUUCGCCGUACGUGGAGAGGCUGAAGGGGGUGUCCCUGCUAGUUAGGUCUGAAGCAGAUGGUUCCAUUUUACUCGAGUCCAGAAUUCGACCUGAGACUGCUUACCAAAAACAACAAGAAACCCUGAUUGUUUGGUCAGAGGCGGACCAGUAUGACUUGGCCUUGAGUUUUCAGGAGAAAGAUGGCUGCAAUGAUAUCUGGACAAAAAUUUGCUCAGUGCAAGGGAAGGAUCCCUCAGUGGGAAUCACCCAGGACUUAAUAGUGGAGGAAUCAGAAGAGGAUCAUUUAUACGAGGAAUUCCCCGACGCUGCCCCACCAAUAGAAAUGCCACCCUGUGAACUUAGCAAGCUAGACGAGAUAGCGGAACUCUUUAGGAGUGUGUUACCUACUCCCAUCCAAAAAGAGAAACUGUUUUUGGCCCUGGAGGCAGAGGGAUACAUCAGGAAACUUUUAGAUCUGUUCCACAUGUGUGAAGACUUGGAAAACAUUGAUGGUCUGCAUCAUCUCUACGAGAUUUUCAAAAGCAUAUUUUUACUUAACAAGACAGAGUUGUUUGAAAUUCUGUUUGCGGAUGAUACUAUCUUUGAUGUUGUUGGUGUUUUGGAGUAUGACCCAGCGCUGAAAACACCAGCACGCCAUCGGGAGUACUUACAAAAGACUGUGCGGUUUAAAGAAGUUAUACCCAUCUCAAAUCGCGAGUUACUCAACAAAAUUCAUCAGACUUACCGGGUUCAGUACAUUCAGGAUGUAAUCCUACCCACCCCAUCUGUGUUUGAGGAAAAUAUGCUCUCAACUUUAACUUCAUUUGUGUUUUUUAACAAAGUGGAAAUUGUUGGAAUGAUUCAGGAAGAUGAGAAAUUUCUACCAAGUCUGUUUGCUCAACUUAUGGAUGACGAAACAGAUGAUGGCCAGCGCAGGGACCUUGUCUUAUUUCUGAAGGAAUUUUGCACAUUUUCACAGACUCUGCAACCUCAAAACAGAGAUUCAUUUUUCCAGACCUUGUCAAAUCUUGGGGCAUUGUCAGCUUUAGAAGUCAUUCUGGCUUUGGAUGAUCCCAAAAUGAAAUCUGCAGCGAUUGAUAUUUUCUCUUACAUUGUUGAAUUCAGUCCGUCCAUGGUUCGAGAAUUCAUUCUCAAGGAAGGCCAAAAUAAAGAUGAUGAUGAUUUGUUGAUCAAUUUGGUGAUAGAACAGAUGAUUAACGACACCGAUCCAGAAUUAGGUGGAGCUGUCCAGCUAAUGGGAAUCAUCAAGUUGUUGAUUGACCCUGAAAACAUGACGGCUACAGCAAAUAAAACAGAGAAAACCGAGUUCUUGGGAUUUUUCUACAAAAGAAGUAUGCAUGUUCUAACAGCUCCUUUGUUUGCCAAUACUGUAGAUGCCAAGCCAAGCAAGGAUGACUUUCAGACAGCUCAGCUGCAGAGUUUGAUCUUAGAAUUAUUAACAUUCUGUGUUGAAUGUCAUACGUAUCAUAUAAAAAAUUACAUCAUUAGUAAAGACCUACUACGCAGGGUGCUGGUACUUCUGAAGUCAGGACAUGCAUUCGUAGCAUUAGGUGCCUUAAGGUUCAUGAGAAAAAUAAUCGGUUUGAAGGAGGAGUUUUACAACCGCUACAUAACUAAUGGCUGUCUCUUUGAACCUGUGGUAGAGGCGUUUAGACAAAAUGGCAGUCGAUACAAUCUACUUAAUUCUGCAAUGAUAGAGCUCUUUGAAUUCAUCAAAACAGAAGACAUCAAAGCAUUAUGUGCCCAUAUCAUAGAACAUCAUAUUAAAGAUCUGGAAUCAGUCACUUAUGUCAACACAUUUAAAGCCCUAAAAGUCCGAUACGACCAACAGCAGGACAGAGUCAACGGGAUGCCAACCUUUAACAAGAAGAACCAGCAGUGGAUAGAGUCCAGGACGCUGGAGGAAGAAGAAGAGCGAUGGUUUGAUCAGGAAGACGAUGUGGACGACGGAGAAACUCUGGUGCCAAUGAACGAUGUUCUCAAGUCCAAACUGGACUCUGACUUUGAUCAGAUCAACCGCUUUAUGGAGAGUAGAAAGGCCAAAGAUCAAUCAACAAUAUCCCGAGAAUCCCCACCAAGGCUUCUCAACAGAUCACCCAUAAAUAUCAACAUAAAGUCAGGGCUGACGACCAACAGUCCGAAUAACAGUCCUGGUCACUCGCCGGGCAGUCCGGGGAGUCCUGGCAGCCCACCCAGUCCGGGCAGUCCUAUGAUGGGGCUGCCGUGUCCCACCCCUAACACCUCACCCCAGACCCCCGCAUCAUCCCCUAAUCAGGACCCCUCAGUCAUAUCAAACAAACGACUGGGCUUAAUAGGACUGGUGGACUAUCCUGAUGAGGAUUCGGAUGAAGAAGAAGAGGAAGAAAUUCCUAAUGCAAAACGACCUCGACUAUCCACGUAGCAGACAGUGAAACACACACUAACUACUAUGGUUAAGAGAGCAAGCAUGCACCACCAAAGUGAUAAAAUGCACUGUGGUUGAGCAGCAUUCAGGUCUAUGGAUGGCUGGCCGAUUCCAGCCAAACAGAAACACUGAUCUCAUCUGUAGGUAUACAGCAGGCAGUCGGGGUGCUCUUAUCUAUCCCUGUGAUUCAUAAAGAAUGGCUCUACACAUGCUGUGAGAAACGAUGCUUGAAGCAUACAGCUUGUCUUGCAUUGAUGUGUUUUACUGCAUAAUGAACAAAAGUCUAUACAACACACAAGAAACAGAUGAUGUACAAUUUCUCUCUCUCUCUCUCUCUCCCCCAUACCUUUGCUCUCUGUGAUAUUGAAUGUUUAUGGACUGUUUCCUAGUCUCUUUUACGUAUGUAUAGAAAACAGAGUUACUCACCAAAAAAAAAUAGUGCUAUCUUGGUGUUCAGAGGGAAAUUCUUGUCUGUGUGUUUGUAUGUCUACGUGUUAAUAAAUUGGCAGAUGGAUUGAAAGCUGGUUCAAAGUGUCAAGCUUUGAAAUGAUGUUUUACCUCGUUAAAAUUAUAAAUUUAAUGUUAAUUAAAUAAAUUGAAAAUCAAAUUUGAAACAAAAACAUUCCUCGCCAUUACUGUUAAUCACAAUGUAAAGGGUUGCAUGUUUUCAUUGUGAACUCUACAGAAGGUAUGGCUUUAUUGAGUUAAUAGGAAUAGCAUGUUAUUUUUGUCUGAUUUAAUGACAUACAAGAAAAUGAUUUUUUUUUUCUGCCUUAUUAUUAUUAUUUAAACAUUUACAGUGAUUGUUCAGUAUUCAAUCAUGUUUUUAAGAAAGUACAUUUUUUGUGUUUUAUCAAUUAGUUUUGUCGGUAUGUGCAGAAACUUGGCCUAAUGUUUGUGGCAUACAAGAAAACAACAUUGUGUGAAUUGACAAGGGGCCAUUUUUCACAUUGUCUUCCAUCAGAUUUUCAGCUUUAGUUAAAGGAAUAAAUUGUACAUUCCUGGAGGCAUCACUGGCCUUAAUAUAAUUCAGAAAUAGGAACAUGGAUCAAAUCCUAAUCAUUUGUGAUAUGAGUGAGGAGUUUCCGUGGUUUACUGGUGUCAUGUUCAGUUCAGUUGUGAAUGCUGUAUUGGUUGUAUCUUUUACUAUAGAAAGUAUAUUUUUAAAAGCAGUAAAAAGACUACUGGGAAAUAGCUUCAUGAACAUUCUAUAAAGAGGAUAUUAAAAAGCGAUAAAUGCUAUGCUGCAUGUUCAUUGAGUAAAAUUUAAUUUGCAUAAAGAAGUAAAAACAAUAUAAGAAGGCAGCAUUUUCUACAGAUAAGUAUAUGUCAUGUUAAUCUACAAAUUAUCACCAUACCACAAAAACUAGGAUUGAAAAUGAGCAGGUAUAUUUUUGUUAGGUUUUUAUCCUUAAAGGGACUGGCUUACUGUUUUUUUUCAAGAAAGCGUUCGCAUUUCUUGUUAAAUUAAACUUCUGCUUCUGUUUGACAAAAUGAAAUGAUUGGAAGAAGCUGAAGGUAAAGAUGAAAUUCUUAUUACCAAAAAUUUAUUUAAUUUAACAAGGAUGUAUAUAUAUAUAUAUUACAGAUUUUAAAUUAUUUAUGAAAAAGUGGCCAUUGCAGUUAUUUUGUCUGUAUGAUUUUCUGGCAUCUGUUUUGUAUAUAAGUAUGAUGCUAGCUCAUUUGAUGAUGUAAAUGUAUUUAACUGCAAAUCCCCAACUGCAUUUUAUCCUUGUCAAUGUUUUAGCAUUGUAAAAAGUCGGUCAUGUUGAAAUAAAAUGACAUAAAACAGUGAAAAAUAAUAAAAAUUAUAAAUGAUA